AGAUCUACUGCUUGUGUCUGGGCUGCUGUGGCCAUGGCUUCCAAAUGCCUCAAGGCCAGCUUUUCCUCGGGAUCCCUCAAGAGCCCAGGUGGGGCUGGAGCAGGCUCUGCUCGUGUGUCCACGAUGUACUCCAGCAGCUCUUGCAAGCUGCCGAGAGGUUCCCGAGGGGCCAAGAGUUUUUCCGCAUAUUCUGCCGGGCUGGGCAGAAAUAACUACAGGGUUGCCAGCUGCCUCCCUGCUCUCUGCCUCCCUAACGGAGGCUUUGCCACCAGCUUCAGCAUGGGUGGAGGCUGGUUUGGGGAGGGCAUCCUCACUGGCAAUGAGAAGGAGACCAUGCAGUCCCUGAAUGACCGCCUGGCCAGUUACCUGGAAAAGGUGCGACAGCUGGAGCAGGAGAAUGCCAGCCUGGAGAGUCGCAUCCGGGAAUGGUGUGAGCAACAGGUGCCUUAUAUGUGCCCGGAUUACCAGUCUUACUUCCGGACCAUGGAGGAGCUUCAGAAGAAGACCCUGUGCAGCAAGGCAGAAAAUGCCAGGCUGGUGGUGCAGAUUGACAAUGCCAAGCUGGCUGCAGAUGACUUCAGGACCAAGUAUGAGACAGAGGUGUCCCUGCGGCAGCUGGUGGAGGCUGACAUCAAUGGCCUGCGCAGGAUCCUGGAUGAUCUGACUCUGUGCAAGGCUGAUCUGGAGGCUCAGGUGGAGUCUUUGAAGGAAGAAUUGCUCUGCCUCAAGAAGAACCACGAGGAGGAAGUGAACUCACUGCGCUGCCAGCUGGGCGACCGGCUCAAUGUGGAGGUGGAUGCUGCUCCACCUGUGGAUCUCAAUCGUGUUCUGGACGAGAUGAGGUGCCAGUAUGAGACUCUGGUGGAGAAUAACCGCAGAGAUGCAGAAGACUGGUAUGACACUCAGACAGAGGAGCUGAACCAGCAGGUGGUGUCCAGCUCAGAGCAGCUGCAGUCCUGCCAGGCAGACAUGAUCGAGUUGAGACGCACUGUCAACUCCCUGGAGAUUGAGCUGCAGGCCCAGCAGAGCAUGAGAGAUGCUCUGGACUCCACCCUGGCAGAGACAGAAGCCCGUUACAGUUCCCAGCUGUCCCAGAUGCAAUGCAUGAUCGGUAACGUGGAGUCUCAGCUGGGUGAGAUCCGGGCUGAUCUAGAGCGUCAGAACCAGGAGUACCAGGUCCUGUUGGAUGUCCGGGCUCGGCUGGAGUGUGAGAUCAACACAUACCGGGGGCUGCUGGAGAGCGAGGACUGCAAGCUUCCCUGCAAUCCAUGUGCCCCUGACUACUCACCCUCCAAGUCCUGCCUCCCCUGCCUUCCUGCAGCCUCUUGUGCUGGUGCAGCCCGUACAACCUGCAGCCCCCGUCCUGUCUGUGUACCCUGCCCGGGGGGCCGGUUCUAAGAGCAACAGAUCCAGAGGGCAUUGCCUCCAGGGCUCUGACCUGGGUUCUAGUCAACCCUAACUCUUAUAGCCCAACCCCUCUGCCUAUGUUGGGUCCAGGCCCAGGUCUGGAGAGAUCUCCUUGCAAAUAUAUGCCUUACAGUUUCUUGGAGUCUGUCACUAAGGCUGGUUGCUCAGCAGACCUUGACUCCUCACCAUUUCAAUGGGCGCCAGGGUCUGUUUUCUGGGCCUGCUUCUAGGUCAGGCUUUCUUUCUGAGUAUGUUCCAGUAGGUUCUGAAAUUCAAUACAGGGCAUCUGUGGAUGGGACAAUAAAGCCAUUUACUUUGGCUCACA